UUAAGGGCUCAAAGAUAAUUACCGUAGAAAGCAAUCACAAAUUUCAUAAUUUCUUUUUGAGGGAAUCAAAUUUCAUCAUUUCUAAUACUUAAUUCAAGUAUAUAAUACAUUCGAUCAACGAGCAAGCUUUAUAAAGGCAAUGGCAGCCACUCCAUGGAAAACUCUCUUUCUCGUUGUCUUAACAACGAGUAUGAUCUUCGGGGACGUUGUCCAAGGAAAGUUAAUAGUGUGUGAUAAGCUGAGCGAGUACAAAGGAAAUUGCGGGCCGCAUAUGCUCUGCAGAAACAAAUGCAUGAAUGAGAAUGACGGUCGUAUAUUUGGUGGUGUUUGCAAUGAUAUUCCACCGUCAGAAUCAGAUUGUCAUUGUGUCUGCUCAUACCUAUUCUUGUUGAGGCCAGAAGUGCAAGCCGUGUGCCCAUCACCAAGUAGUGAAAGUAUCCCAUCACUAAGCCCAUCACCAAGCAGUGAAAGCAUUCCAUCAACAAGUGAAAGUAUCUCAUCACCAAACAGUGAAAGCAACCCAUCACCAAAUAGUGAAAGUAUCCCACCACCAAGUGAAAGCAGCCCAUCACCAAGUGAAAGCAUCCCAUCAACAAAUGAAAGCAUCUCACCACAAAGUAGUGGAAGAAACCUAUCGCCAAAUAGUGAAAGCAGCCAAUCACCAAGAAGUGAAAGGAACCCAUAAAAUAACAUCAUCAAAAUUUUGUUUAGUAAAACAACACAUGUAGCUAAUUGUGCUGAUUUCCGCAACAAUAAAGUCACCGGGUUGCUUGAACAUUCAUCUACUCUAAUUGCACCAGCCACCACAACUCCUUUUAUUUCCUAUAUAUGCUUUUUUCUUUUUCUUUUUCUGUAUUUGAAUUAUUUGUGGAUUGUCGCUUACAUUUUAUGCAUGU